ACCUGACCAAGUCCGAACAAUUAUUACCUGUCGUCAACUCCCGGACCUUCUGCUUCUUUCACCCCUUCCGACUCGUGUCAUUCCUAUCUACACUCUCUGCUACGCAAGCCCGCGAUCCGCCGUAACCUAACAAUCUUGUCAUACCUCGUCAGAACGCAGUACGGCUUGACUCCGCAUCAGGGUCGUACACGUCGCCGAGUCGUCUUGUCCGACCAAACCUAACACCCACUUCUGCCCGCUCUCUUCGCAGUCUUUACGUCCUCUGACCCACCAUGCAGCUCCGCAAGGCUGCCCGUAUCAUUCUUGUCGGCGCUCCUGGUGUUGGCAAGGGAACUCAGUCGGAGCGUAUGCUCAAGCGAUUCCCCCAACUGGCCUCUAUCAGCUCUGGAGAUCUGCUGAGAGACAACGUACGCAGACGGACUCCUCUCGGUAUACAAGCCGAAUCUCUCAUGAAAGCCGGCUCACUUGUUCCUGAUUCGACCAUCUUGCGCCUAAUCACAAACGAAUUGACCACACGGUCUUACGACUUCAGCGACCAGCCCAGUGCCUCCUUUAUCCUUGACGGCUUCCCUCGUACCGUGGACCAAGCUAUCCAGCUCGACAGAUUGGUCCCGAUCAACCUUGUUGUUCAGCUCAACACACCUACCUCGGUCAUUCUUGAUCGCAUCUGCAACCGCUGGAUUCACGCCGCAUCUGGUCGUGUAUACAACACCACUUUCAACGCACCGAAGGUGGAUGGCAAGGAUGACAUCACCGGUGAGGCUCUGAUUCAAAGAGACGAUGAUAAACCAGAGACUUGGAUGGCUCGUCUGAAGAAGUUUGAGGAAACCAGCCUACCUCUACUUGAACACUACGACAAACUAGGUGUUUUGUGGAAAGUCGAUGGCAACAGCAGUGACGAGAUCAGUCCCAAGCUGUUUGACGAGUUCAACAAAAGAUUUGGAUUGGCAUGA